GGUCAUUUAAUGAAGUUUCUAACAAUGAACUGGCGAUCAUAGCGAAGUGGGUGGCGCUAUUUCCCCUGGUGAUCGGGGUUGAAAUUCUUCUGUCUGAAAACAUACGUUCGAUGACACGGCGGCCGUGGCACCGUCAGCAAGCAGUAGUCAGGCAGGCGCACACAGCUGAGCUCGCACCCCUCAACACCGAUCCAUCGUCAUCAUCGGUUUCUCACGCUGGUAUGUUCUCCAACCGAAAAGGGAACAGUUCACUCGCUACCCCCCACCCCCAAACAAAGGUUCUAACUUCGAGUCCUCGAUAGCCAUGGCGUGAGCAACAUCCUCGCGGAUUUAGGUGACAUUAUUGGAGAUAAGAAACUACUACACCUAGACAACAAAGCAGUCCACUAUUUACAUCGGGUGGAAAGACGGCAUCCGGCAUGAAAAGAAGCUCCGGGGACGGGGACACCGGUCGGAACAACGCAAAUCGUUUCUGGCCUCCCCUUCCAGAGAGCUCCAUGGAGAAGAUGAAGCGGUUUAGGAGGAGGCUGUCCCAGACUCUGAGAGGGAGUCAGACCAUCGACGAGUCUCUGUCUGAACUGGCUGAACAGAUUACUAUAGAGGAGAACGGCGUCAAAGACAGCAGUGAGGAACCCAUGGUGAGGAAUUGUCAUGGUCUCCCCCCCUCAGCCCACAGUGUUAACUCCUUCCUGCACCAGUACACUGGUCCCUUUAAGAAGCCCCCGCUACGGAGACCUCAGAGUGUCAUAGGAGGAGGAGGGCUAGGGUCUCUCAUGGCCAUGCCCCGCAACGGCAGCCGCCUCGACAUUGUCCAUGAGAACAUGAAGAUGAGUUCUGAUGGAGAGAGUGACCAGGCGUCAGGGACGAGCUCAGACGAGGUGCAGUCUCCCACAGGGGUGUGUCUAAGGAACAGGGGCAACCGACGCAUUUCCGCAGAGGAUCUGAACAAGCGUCUGUCCCUGCCUGCUGACAUCCGUAUUCCAGACGGUUACCUGGAGAAACUACAGCUGACGAGCCCCUCCUUUGACCAGCCCCUCAGCCGCCGCUCCCGAAGAGCAUCACUAUCAGAAAUUGGAUUCGGCAAGCUGGAGACCUACAUCAAACUGGACAAAUUAGGAGAGGGGACGUAUGCUACAGUGUUUAAAGGAAGGAGUAAACUGACAGACAACCUGGUGGCUCUGAAGGAGAUCAGACUGGAGCACGAGGAGGGAGCACCUUGCACUGCUAUCAGAGAGGUGUCCUUACUGAAGGACCUGAAACACGCCAACAUAGUGACGCUGCACGACAUCAUCCACACCGACAAGUCCCUGACGCUAGUCUUCGAGUACCUGGACAAGGACCUGAAGCAGUACAUGGACGACUGUGGGAACAUCCUGAGCAUGCAGAACGUCAAGAUAUUCUUGUUCCAGAUCUUGCGAGGGCUGGCUUACUGUCACAAACGGAAGGUUCUUCACAGAGAUCUGAAGCCUCAGAACCUGCUCAUCAACGACCGAGGAGAGCUCAAACUGGCAGACUUCGGUCUGGCCCGGGCCAAGUCAGUCCCCACUAAGACGUACUCCAACGAGGUGGUGACGCUCUGGUACCGGCCUCCUGACGUUCUACUGGGCUCCUCAGAGUACUCCACACCGAUAGACAUGUGGGGUGUGGGGUGUAUAUUCUAUGAGAUGUCUGCCGGGAGGCCUCUGUUCCCUGGUUCGACUGUGGAGGACGAACUGCAUCUCAUCUUUAGACUGCUGGGCACACCGACAGAGGACAGCUGGCCUGGGAUCUCUUCCAUGGACGAGUUCAAGUCCUACAAGUUCCCAAAGUACAAGACACAGCCCCUUAUCAACCAUGCACCCAGGUUGGACACUGACGGCAUUGACCUGCUGCUUUCAUUUCUAAAAUACGAGUCCAAGAAGCGGAUGUCUGCAGACGAGUCAAUGAGACAGCCCUACUUCAGGAGCCUGGGGACGCAAGCAUACACACUGCCAGAGAGCAUAUCCCUAUUUACACUGAAGGAGGUCCAAUUGCAGAGAGAUCCUGGCUAUAGGAACUAUCCCGAGUCAGGCAACGGCAAGAACAGAAGGCAGAGCCUGCUCUUCUAGGUUCCUGUUCAACAGCUAACUGUAUAGUCAUACAGACAGAGUUCAGUCCCAGAGAUGGGUGUCUACUAGGGCCAGGGGGGUAGGAUACCCCUCCUCCCUCUGUGUGGCCCCCCCUCCACCUGCUAGGGUCCCCUAUCUACAGUACAGUUUGGCCCCUGGGGUUCUGGCCCAGUGAAACUGGCCCAAUAUAAGAGACGUUUAUACAUUUAUAUUUAUUGGGGAAGAGAGAAUUUGCUGCUAAAAAUCCAACUACUGUCUAGAAGAUUCUAACUGGCUCAGUCACUUUAAAAAAAAACAUGCAAUGUGUAUAGAUUUUUCAUUAUUUUGAAGUGGUGUUUUAUUCUUUUUGUGGUUUUGUCAUCAUUCAUCUCUAUUAUUUCCACCUCAAAACUCCUCUGUGUGUGUGUGAGUGUAAGACCCCGACCGACCCUGACCCAACCGACCCUGACCCGACCGACCCUGACCCGACCGACCCUGACCCGACCGACCCUGACCCGACCGACCCUGACCCGACCGAC